GACCUGCGAGGAGCUGAGACAGUACAGCACUGCUGUCGUGUAGAGCCACCGCACUGAUGAAGGGACCGCAGCGGAUAGCUGUCAUAAAUUUCCCGUUUUGAUUUUUACUCCGUAUCACAACACGUCCCUCCUUUCCUGUCGGGAUCGCGCUGUCGCUGUGGGUCUUUCAUUCGGAGGACUCGCCCUUUUCUCCGGGAGUCUGAAUGGAAGCAGCAGCCGAGGGAGCGGUUGGGCUGUCCGAGGCCAGGGACGGGAGUCCGUUAUCCGGGGCCACAGCAUCCGAUGAUGCGGACACUGUCAUUGGAGUCAGCUAUGGCAUGGACGCCGCAGACAUGGAUGCUGCUGCUAAGAAGGCCUUCAUCACAGAGAUGCCCUCAUCAUCAGGCCUGCCUGGUCAGGGUAAGAAGAUUGGCCACAGAGGGGUGGAUGCAUCAGGCGAGACAACUUAUAAAAAGACAACAUCCUCUGCCUUGAAAGGUGCCAUCCAGCUUGGCAUCGGCUACACAGUGGGCAACCUGAGCUCCAAGCCUGAGAGAGACGUGUUGAUGCAGGACUUCUACGUGGUGGAGAGCAUCUUCUUCCCAAGUGAAGGCAGCAACCUGACCCCAGCCCACCAUUUUCCAGACUUCCGCUUCAAAACCUACGCUCCUGUGGCCUUCCGCUAUUUCAGAGAACUGUUUGGCAUUAGGCCGGACGACUACUUGUACUCGCUGUGCAACGAGCCCCUGAUCGAGCUCUCCAACCCUGGAGCAAGCGGCUCGGUCUUCUACCUGACCAAGGACGAUGAAUUCAUCAUCAAGACUGUCAUGCACAAGGAGGCUGAAUUUCUACAGAAGCUGCUGCCUGGAUACUACAUGAACUUGAAUCAAAACCCUCGCACCCUGCUGCCCAAGUUCUUCGGCCUCUACUGUGUCCAGUCAGGAGGGAAGAACAUCCGCGUGGUAGUGAUGAACAAUGUCCUGCCCCGUGUGGUUCGCAUGCACCUCAAAUAUGACCUGAAGGGCUCCACCUACAAGAGGCGAGCCUCCAAGAAGGAGCGGGAGAAGGCCAGGCCCACCUUCAAAGACCUUGACUUCAUGCAGGACUUGCAGGAUGGGCUGAUGCUGGAUCAGGACACUUACAAUGCGCUGGUCAAGACCCUGCAGAGAGACUGCCUGGUGCUGGAGAGCUUUAAGAUCAUGGACUACAGCCUGCUGCUCGGGGUCCAUAACAUGGAUCAAGCAGAGAGGGAGAGGCAAAUGGAAGGCUCUCAGGGCACCAGUGAUGAGAAGAGACCCGUGGCCCAGCAGAAGGCCCUCUACUCCACAGCCAUGGAGUCCAUCCAGGGGGGAGCUGCCUGCGGAGAGUCCAUCGACACUGAUGACACGAUGGGAGGUAUCCCAGCGGUCAAUGGAAAAGGGGAGCGGCUUCUUCUGUACAUCGGAAUCAUUGACAUCUUGCAAUCCUACAGGCUAAUCAAGAAACUGGAGCACACGUGGAAGGCGUUGGUUCACGACGGGGACACGGUGUCAGUCCACCGGCCAGGUUUCUAUGCAGACAGGUUCUUCAAGUUCAUGAGCAACACAGUUUUCAAGAAGAGUUCCUCUUUGAAGUCAUCCCCAUCCAAGAAAGGUCGCGUGUCAUUGACGGUGCCUAAGUAUCCCGGACCGGGGGCAGCGUGGUCAGCCAGUCAGCUGCCCUGUGAGAGAGACGAGAAUAUCUACGACCUGAGAGGAGCACGCAGCUUCCCCACGCUGGAGGAUGAGGGACGACCAGAUCUUCUCCCUUGCACCCCUCCAUCGUUUGAAGAGGCUACAACCGCAUCGAUUGCCACCACUCUCUCUUCCACCACUUCACUAUCCAUCCCUGAGAGAUCCCCCUCCGACACAGCCGAGCACCCACGCUACAGGAGGCACACCCAGUCUCUCAGCCAUGAUGGAAGGACCCAGGAGGAGCUGCGUGUACGUGAGGAGGAUCAGCAGACCAUCACAGUGGAGGUGGAGGUGAAGAGACAUGACAGUGAACCCACCAUCUCUGCACCCCAGCCCUCAACUGAGGCCAGUGAUGUUAAGGAACCAGUGAAGGCCGAUGCCGAUGCUCCUGCUGCUCCUGCUGCUGCUGCUGCUGCUGCUGCUGCUGCUGCUGCUGAUGAUGAUGAUGAUGAUGCCAAUGCCACUGCUGUCCCUUCCAGCUCUUCCCCAGCUCCUGAAGCCUGUUCCUCACACCCCGGUCAAGCUGCUUCCUCUUCUCCUGGGGUAGAAGAGGCCUCUGAUGCCCUGGAGGCUCCGUCCAGCCCCAGGGUGGUGAUGGUGGAGGCGGACAGGGCCAGCCAGGUGUCCGGCUCUGGGUGUACAAGUCAGGCUUCAGUAGACGACGACGAUGACGUGCCAAUCACAGAUAUCUACUUUUUUCCAGAUGGGAGAACCUGGGUGGUUUCUCCUGUCCGACGGAAGGGGAAAUCUCAGUCUUAUUGUCUACCUCCAGAGGACAGGACCUGGGUGUACUCUCCGCUUCACUAUGGCUCAGAGUCUAAGGCCCUGCCGGAUGGGGAUGGGGAAAGUGAGACAUAAACCUUGGUGUGUGGCAGAGAGGGAACGCCCCAGUGAAGAGGACUCAGCGGUCUGACGCACACACCUCAGCGGUGGCAGCAGGAUCCCGGUCCAAACCUGGAUUUUAAACAUAAAUACCAACAAAACUGAACAAACCGAGGAACAAAAGUGACUGGCUACCAGAAGGAGAAAAAAAAAUCCUCUCAGUGAUGACAUCACUGAUAUCCAACCAUCCCCACCUUUCACCCUUGACAAACAAACAGGAAAAAAGCGAUACAGGAGCCACUUGUAUGUUUGCCACCCAUAUGAGGCUGUAUGUUUGCCCAGUCAAAACAAAACAUCUAGACAUCUCUGCCACUGUCACAUUUACAUUACAUUUACUGAAUACAUACAGCAAUUGAAAGGUUUUUUUUUUUUAGUUCAUAUUUAUUUAUAUCAAAUCAUUUUCUUUGUGUUCAUUUGUUUUUACAAUUUUUGUAUUCAGGCACUUUUUUCCCAGCCAUUUUACUACUGUGAACGCCUAUUUAUUUUGUUUGUUUGUUUGUCUUCACUAUCAACGGUACUUUGUUACCAAGAAAGAGCUCCUCUCUUUUAUGCUGAAACAUUUUUUCUGAUGUGAAUCAGAAGAUCUUUUCAUUUGUGUUUUCAUCGUUUACCUGCAGUUGAUGGCUUGUUAAAUACUAUCCUUAAUAAUUUAGCAUUUUUUGUUUUGAAGUGUUUAUCUUGUAAAUUCAGUGUUACCACGUUUUUUUUUUUCCACCACGCCCUCAUGAAAAUGCCCGAGGCCUGUCGUCUCUUGCCUUCUAAACAGACGGCAUCAAUCGCAACACUAGACAGUAGACAUUGUCGAUUAUUAGAGCAAUCUUCACAUCAUUACAAUGUCUUCCAAUGUUGACCUGCUUUUGGACAGAUGCACAGAAAUAAUUUUUUAAAGAAUAUAAAUACACAGAGGUUUUUUUGUGGAAUAACAUCAACAUAUCAGUAAUAUUUGCUACAUCUGGCUGCCCUCGCCUCCUCACUCGCAGGAACUCACUGACUGGACAAAACGUUUGUAGAUUUAGAGCAUCAGUCGUAGUAUUUGCAGUCGAUAUCGUACCUAUUCCAGUAUCUUUGGAUGGACACAGUGCUUUGCAGUGUUGACUUGGUGAGACGGUUUAUAAGUGGAUUGAAUGUUGUUUGCACAUAAGAAGAGAAACCUGAAAAUGAACUAGUGAUAGAGGCCAAAUAACACACAUUGUCACAUUCUCCAAAAGUCAUACUUUGUGUUGUGUUUUUUUUUUGUUUUUUUUUUUAAUAUGGAAAUUCUCCUCUCACAGGCUGAUUUUUUUUUUUUUUUUUAGACAGCACUUUAUUUUAGGAUUAUAGAGUGUGUAAAGGUGAAGUCGAUCACAAUCAUCAUAGGAUUAGUGUUUACUGUAGUAUCUCUGUGGCUGACUUGGUAGGACUCUCAACUAAGACAUACGUUAAGGUUUGACAAACUGACUUUAUUUCUCCUGUUUUUUUUUCUUUCUUCUGUUUCACCACAAGUAGCAGGUUGCUUCAGUUGGUUGCUAUGUUUGUAUGUUUGUGUGUGUACGGCCAUGGGAAACACAUCAGUGUCAGACAUUGUAAAAUAGAGAUCAUUUCAUCCUCAUGAUGUGCAGUGGCCAGUUGUAAUCAGUUUGCUGUCGUUCAUCACCCGGAGACCAUAGCAGCAAUAUUUUGUACAGUCUUAGCUUUUAAGUUCAUUUUAAUUGCCUUAUUGGGAAAAUUUUAAAGGUAGGCCUAUGAUUUAUAUUUUUUUUCACUCGUGCUGUUGUAUUUAUUUUUUCUUUCCAAUAGUCGUGCUCCUGAGAAUGUGUACAUAGAAUUAUAAAUACAUAUAUAAAGAUAUAUAAAUAUAUUUUCCAUUUGAAUUGGAGAAUAUUAUUUUUAUUUGGUUUUAUUUUUUGCUGCUGGGCAAGAAAUGAUUGCGAUCUACAUAAUUUACUGUACCAUAUCCUUCAGCGUGUUUAUUGAGAUGCAGCUAUAUUUAUGGUCUGUAAAUCGCAGCUGUUUCUUUGUAAGAUAUCCGAAACUGAAAGAUUUGUCGAUUUUACUGUACAUGCAAAUCAGUAGGGGUUCUUCCGACUGUUCAGCUGUGUUGUGUACGUGUUUUCAAAUCGCCGUGUGCCCUCAUCCUAUAGGGAGAGUCCUUUACAGAGACAUAGCAUGAUUUAAAAAUGAAUAUGCAUAUCAGAAAUGUGUAUUUAUGUAUAUCUGUGUAUAUUCAUCUAUUUAUACAUGGAGAUAAAUAGAUGGCCGUGUGUGUGUGUGUGUUUGGACUCGAUCAGAAUGAAUACAAAAUAAAGCAGUUCUAUGUCUAUGAA